AUGUAUGAGUCAUGGAAAGAGGACCCGAAGUCAGUGCAUGCGUCGUGGGAUGCCUAUUUUAGAAAUGUGGAGGGUGGCGCCGCACCUGGACAAGCAUACCAGGCUCCUCCAGCUGCAUUCGGAGCUGCUGGAGUCCCAGGAGUACUACCAGUUGCUACCAUCUCUGAACACCUCAAAGUUCAGCUUCUCAUCAGAAGUUACCAAACCCGAGGACACAAUAUUGCUGAUCUCGACCCUCUUGGCAUUAACAGUGCUGAUCUUGACGAUACGAUACCCCCCGAACUCGAAUUGUCCUUCUAUGGAUUUGGUGAAAGAGACCUCGACAAGGAAUUCGUUCUACCACCGACAACUUUCAUUGGUGGUGAAAAGCCAUCGCUCACACUUAGGGAAAUUCUCCAUAGAUUGAAG